UCCGCGGGCGGCCGGAAGGGGGAGCUGCACGCCGCCGUGCCCGGCCUGCCCCUGGCGAGCUCCAGGGUCCUGCCCGGCAUCGUCCUCCGGAGGGACUUCGCUGCCUACUGCCCGACGGACGGGGAGCUGCGGGCCCUGCUCGUCACCGAGCCCCUGCGGCCCGCCCUGGCGGCCCCCGGUGUCGAGUUUGUUGUGGACUCCGAAGGUCAGUAUCAGGCUUCCCUGCGCUGGAUCACUGCGAGGACAGAAGCCUUAAUGAAACACUUUCAGAGUAACAAUGUUAAGCUGUUACUGUCAAGUGUGAAGCAAGAAGAAAUAGUUAUCUACCACGCCAAAUUAUAUGGUGUGUCUGUGGUAGAAUGCUUAUCAUCGGAAGAAAUGGCCCUUAUCAGUGAAAUCACUGGUGUCUCCCCUUACGUGCCUUUUGGUGAUAGCAUGGACCGAGAAAUAACCGAAACUGCAGUGGUAACGUUUUGCCAGCCCUUACUGCUCGUCUCCAAGAGAUGUGUCCACAUUGGCUUGGCCCGCGUGUGUGCCUUCCAGCCCCAUUGCCUGAUCCUGUGUGGGCCGGUCGAUGGCGUUAAUGAACAACACGCUGCUGCUUUACAGGAGGCCUUCACAAUGCUGCAGCAGCUGUUUAAAACACUUGAUCAGAGGCAGGAAUGGAAAGCGGAAGGUGAAAGCCAGAGCAAUACUUGUAAGAGUAACCAGGUUUCUGAAUGUCAGCUGAAAGCACUUAGUGAUGAAACAGAGAGGAAAAUUUUUGACCCUGAUAAAAGUGAUCUGCUGAUCCACAAUCAAAAGAAUCACAGCACUCCUGUGUUAGUGGCACAUAACACUGAUGCAGUCGCUGCCUGUGAGUGCCUGCAUGUUGGCAAAGGUCUAGAGAAAACAUGUUGCCAUAUAGUUCCAUUUAAACAGGAGGAGAGUCGUGCAGGUAUUGCACAGGAUUACUCCAGCUGCCUCAUAGAAGCGGGAUCAGUUUUGCCAGUAGGAGGUUACUUUGAAAUCCUGUUACAUUAUUAUAUUCGGGAUUAUGCAAGACGGUGUCAGCAGUCAGAGGUAGCAAUUGUAUCUAAUGUGGUUGCUGAUGCUUUGCUAAGUAUUCCCAAGGCCUUGUACGGGACAGCAGAACGAGGUGGAUUUACCAAAUUCUAUCUUGAAGCCAUUAAUUUACUCCAGAAAAAUCAGCCACUGCCUGUAAACGAUGAAGGCUUAGAGUCAGUGUAUUGCAAAUACCAGUUAGUCAUUUCAGUUCUUCAUUGUGUUACAGAGCUUCUCUCCGUAGACUUAGUAAUUGGUAUUAGGCGGCCACUCCAAAAAAUUGAGGAUCAUGACUCAGAAGAUGACACUUGAAAGCAUUAAUAAAGAAUGAUUUUUAUA